AUUCAAGUCCCGUCGGUCUGAAAACAUGACGGACAUUUUGUUAAGAAUAAAAAAGAACGUAGCAGAGAAAAAGAAGACUUGUGUUACUCAGUGCGACUUACAGAAGUGUGGUUUAAGAGAUGAUCCAGUGUUUUAAUCUCAGUAGUGACAACUUGUACCGUUGUGUCCUACCAGGGAUCCAACUGAGAGCCUACCAGCUGGUCGGUGUGCAGUGGUUAACUCAGUGUCUGAAGAAUCAGCAGGGAUGCAUCUUAGGAGAUGAGAUGGGUUUAGGUAAAACCUGUCAGACGAUCUCUCUGCUGGUGUACAUGUCAGGAGCUCUGGGGAAGAAAGGUCCGUUUUUAGUUCUGAGUCCACUCUCUGUCAUGGAGAACUGGAGAAAGGAGUUGGAAUGCUUUACUCCGUCUCUGACUGUGCUGUGUUACAAGGGAGACAAAGAGAGGCGCGCUGAGAUUCAGAGAGGAACAGACAUGCAGGACUUCCAUGUUCUUCUCACCACAUAUGAGCUCUGUCUCAAAGACGCCUCAUUUUUGCGACGGUGGAAGUGGAAGGUGCUUGUAGUGGAUGAGGCUCACCGUCUGAAGAAUCAGAACUCACUAUUACACAAGACCUUGACAGAGUUUUCAGUGGGGUUCAGAGUUCUGCUGACAGGAACGCCCAUCCAGAACCACCUGCAGGAGCUCUACUCCCUGCUGAGCUUCAUUCAGCCCAGCAUCUUCACCGCUGACGAGACGGACGACUUUGUUAACUCUUACUCAAAUAUACAGAAGCAGCCUGCUCUUGCUGCUGAGCUACAGAGUGUCCUGGAGCCAUUCCUUCUGCGGAGAGUCAAGUCAGAGGUGGCUGUAGAUCUGCCCAAGAAGACGGAGCUGGUGGUCUAUCACGGCAUGUCGACUCUCCAGAAGACAUACUACAAAGCCAUUCUGACGAAGGAUCUAGAGGCUUUUGGAAAUGAACAAGGCAUCAAGACACGGCUGCUGAACAUCUUGAUGAACCUGAGAAAGUGUGUCGACCAUCCGUACCUGUUUGAUGGGGUGGAACCGGAGCCGUUUGAGAUGGGGCAGCAUCUCAUUGAAGCCAGUGGGAAACUUUGCCUUCUGGACAGCAUGCUAGCCUACCUACACGAAGAGGGCCAUCGGAUCCUGCUGUUCUCUCAGAUGACGAGGAUGCUGGACAUUCUUCAAGAUUACAUGGAGUACAGAGGUUAUAGCUACGAACGUCUGGAUGGGUCUGUCCGAGGAGAAGAACGAAAUCUAGCAGUGAAGAACUUCAGCAGCAAAGAUAUAUUUGUCUUUCUCCUAAGCACUAAAGCAGGGGGAGUGGGCCUGAACCUUACAGCUGCUGACACAGUCAUUUUUAUGGAUAGUGACUUCAACCCUCAAAAUGACCUGCAGGCUGCCGCACGCUGCCAUCGGAUUGGUCAGAACAGGCCUGUGAAAGUGAUCCGCCUUCUGGCAAGAGACACUGUGGAGGAAAUCAUGUACUCUCGCGCCGUGUCCAAGUUGCACCUCACCAACACUGUUAUUGAAGAAGGUCGCUUCUCUUUACUGGACCAAGCUCAGUCAGCUGCUGCAGGACUGCAGCUCAGUGAGAUCUUGAAGUUUGGGGUAGAUAAGCUCUUGUCAUCAGAAGAGAGCUCCGUACAGGAUGUGAAACUAGAGAAGAUCCUUGGUCUGUCACGUGAUGGUCAGUGGGUGGAUGAUGAAGACUCUGCCUCACUCAGAGAAGAAGAAGAAGAGGAGGAGGAGGAGGAGGAGAAGAACGGCUCUGGAUCUGACGGGCAGAACCACAUGUAUUACUUUGAGGGGAAAGACUACAGUAAGAACCCCAGCUCUGAUGACCACAACAGCUUUGAUCGUCUGUUGGAGGAGCAGCUGGCCGAGUUUCAGAAAGCUGCAGGAGACGGACGAGCUCUGCGACACAAAGCUGGAAAUUCACUGUCAGCAGCUCUUGGUAUUCCAACAAGGAAGAGGAAGCCUCUUACUGAGGCCGAGCUGGAGCUGAGGCGACAGAGGAGGGAGGAGGCCGCAGCCAAGCGAGCCAAAAUUCAGGAGGAUGUGAAGAAGAAACAGCAAGAGCAGAAAUACAAGAAAAAAAUGGCAUGGUGGGAGUCAUGCAGCUACAGGUCACUGUGCCUGCAGUCUGUGGACAGUGAAGAAGAGGAAGAGGAGGACGAGGAGGAGGGAAGCGUAUGCUCCACAGACUCUGACAGCACAGCUAUCCACUAUGUUCUGGGGGAUGUUACUCAUCCACAAGCUGCUCAGGGAGACACUGUCAUCGUCCACUGUGUUGAUGACUCAGGCCGGUGGGGCAGGGGAGGCCUGUUUACUGCUCUGGAGGUGAGAUCGGAUGAACCACGGAAGAAGUAUGAGUUGGCUGGCAAGAUGAAAGAUUUGGACCUUGGAAAUGUGCUGCUCUUCCCCAUUGAUGACAAACAGUCCAGACUGGACGGCCAGGAUCAAUUGGCCCUGAUAGUGGCACAGCAAAGAGACAAAGCCAACAACCUGUCUGGGAUCCUUCUAACUGCUCUGGAUGAAGGGCUGAAGAAGGUUUAUGCUGCAGCCAAAAGACAUAAGGCAAGUGUUCAUCUUCCUCGCAUCGGUCACUCCACCAAAGGCUUCAACUGGUAUGGCACAGAGCGACUCAUCAGGAAGCACUUGGCCUCCAGAGGCAUCCCCACAUUCAUAUACUAUCACAGCAGAGCUGCCAAGAAUACAGCCACAGCACCGACUUCCAUUUCAGCGUCAACAUCCUCCCCUGAACCACAGUUGCGUAACUCCGACAGGCUGACUGGUGAGACAGGAGAAGACACGCCGGGCCCCUCGGCUCCUCCGCAGAGCUGCGGACCCACGGGGCUCCCCAGCUUCAUGACGGGAGUCCGUGUGUUUUUCUACAACCUCCCUGCAUCAGAGAGGAAGAGGCUGGCCCGCUACCUCAUCACUUAUGAUGGAGAUGAGGAGGAUAUGAUGAGCCUGGAGGUCACCCACAUAGUCGCAGAGGUGGAGAACAACAUCCACUCACAGGAGCUCCAGGACCUGGUGCGUCAGUACUCUCAGGCUGUCCCUGUGCACAAGACCUGGCUGGAGUCCUGCUUCUCCAAACAACGAAAAGUCAACACUGCUCAGUUCAUGCACCGCCUCAGAUAACACUAUGAUAAAAUAUAUUAAAGCCCUAAUCAACUCAGCUGUCUGCUUUCAACAGAUGAAUGUCAUGUCAUUUCAAAACAAGUUAUAAUGAUUGAUUUACAAAUAAACAAAGACUUCUCUUCUUA